AUGGCCGAUGGCUGGGCUCGCGCAACAGGACAACCCCAAUGUGUGAUUGUCCACGUAGAUGUGGGUACUCAAUGCCUUGGAGCAGCUAUGCACAAUGCAAACACAGGCAGAGUUCCCGUUUUGAUUUUUGCCGGCCUAUGCCCAGUAAAUCUAAUAUGUCAACUCGUUUUGGGGUUUUUACACCAACCACAAUAACCUGAUUGACGAAAUCAAAGUACACAGAAGAAGGGCUUGAAGGCUCACGUACCGAAUAUCAGCACUGGCUUCAAGAUGCUCCCGAUCAGAAAGCCAUAGUUGCUGGCUACUACCGAUAUACCGGGGAUUUCCGAACUGGUCGUACGGUGAAAUAA